AGAGAUGCAGCACUUUAGAAAUUCCUUCAGCUAUGGGAGCUCAGGUAAUGCCAGCUCGACUCCUUUUAGUCAUUGCCACCUUACCCUGUGGCAAUUCGCUGACGAGAGAACUGGAGAGCCCAUCUGAUUUUCGCUUCCAAAGAGAAUGCACUGGAUACGAUGAGGAAUGGGACAAAUGUCCAGAUCUUGGUGAAUGUGGUGGGCCAUGUCAGCCACAAGAUUGUAUUUUUGGCCAUUGGCAGGAGUGGUACAGCAGUGGGGGCUGCACCGGGCUACGCUACCGACGAAGAGAGGUCACUACAGCCAACAAUGAAUGUGGAUAUCCUUGCAGUGGGCCAACAGUAGAAUCAGAACGGCAGGACGUUGUGGAUUGUGAAGAGCUUUACGAUUGUAGUUUUUCUGCUUGGUCUUCGUGGAGUAGCUGUAAUUCCAGCUACGACCAAUCCAUCCGGUUUCGCGGAAUUGAGGAGCCAGCAAGCCCAGAAGGGAAUCCUUGCCGCGGACCAUUGAACGAGACCAAGGCUUGCUCAAGCGAAGAUGGCCCACAAAGCUGCCUAUGGACGCAAUGGGGAUCGUGGGGCAGGUGCAGUGUUUCAUGCGGAGACGGACGUCAUGAAAGGAUGCGCAGAAUCGAAAGAAAAUCAGAUCCAGGUGGGCUUCCCUGCUGGGGAUCUUCUUUGGAAAAUGGGGCCUGCAACAAUGGUGACUGCCAGGCAACAGAUUGCAGGCUCAGUCAGUGGGGUGAAUGGUCUGAGUGUGAAGCUUUGAAUACUCAACGCUAUCGGCGUCGCAGUGUAGAAGUUGCGCCAAGCUAUGGUGGACGUGCGUGCGACGAAUAUCUCAUCCAGACAGUGGCUUGCUAUGCGCCUAGCACAGAGGGAGAAGACUGUGACAUUGGCUUGUGGUCGCAAUGGAGCGAUUGCUCAAAGACAUGCGGAGGAGGCCAAAUGUACAGAAAGCGAUCUCUGUUGAAGCCAAACACAAAGGGCGGCUUCUGCAACUAUGCAAUUCUUUCUCAAGCAGAGCCAUGUGGGAUGGACACAUGCAGGGAGGCUGACUUCUCCGAUUGCAAGUUUGAACACUGGGGAACAUGGUCGAAUUGUGACGCGCCAUGUGGCAAAGGGACAAGGGAGCGAUUUCGAAAGAUAGCUGUUUAUGCCACGAACAGCGGCCGUGGCUGUGAAGGAGCAACACAAGAGCUUUCAUCUUGCCAACUGCAGGAUUGUGAGGUGAUAGAUUGCAAAUGGAGUGAGUGGUAUGAAUGGUCUGUGUGCUCUGCUUCUUGCGACGGAGGAACUAAACGCCGAGAACGCAAUGUGGCCAUCGCACCUCAAAACGGGGGCAGUCUUUGCACGGCGUACGACAAGAGUGAGAUGGUGCCUUGCAACACCCUUUCGUGCGAAGAGGCUUGCCUGAACGGUGAGUGGGCAGACUGGAGCAGUUGGACCACGUGUUCAGCAACUUGUGAUGUGGCUUACAAGUCCAGAAGGAGGGACGUUGCUGUUCAACCAAGCCACUGUGGCAAGCCUGCUGUGGGUCUUCGAGAAGAAUACAAGGUGUGUGCAAACCUGGAGCCUUGCAACUUCAAGCAAGACUGCCAACUUGGAGCAUGGAACCAUUGGUCAGAGUGCAGCUGCAGCUGUUUUGGAAUUCGAGAACGAAACCGAGUGAUAGAGCAGUUUGCAUCUGGAGACGGUUUGUCUUGCAACGGCACCGUGAAGGAGAUAGUCCCUUGCAAUCCAGGUCGCGGCGAGGAGCGAGAUCCGCACUGCGGAGAUUUGAAACGUCAGCAGGAUUGUGUCAUUGCUGAGUGGGACGACUGGGGCGAAUGUAGUGCCUCGUGUGGUGGAGGACAGAAGCAGCGGUCAAGAAGCAUUCUGCAAGAAUCAGGUCAUGGAGGAGUGCCCUGCACCGACUACUUGGCUGAAAUUGAGCCUUGUGGUGAGGAGCAUUGCCCUGAAGCGGGCUGCCACGACUGCAAGUGGAGCGACUGGACACACUGGGGCAGUUGUUCCAAAUGUGGUGGUCAGAGGUUUCGUUAUCGGAACAUCAUGCAGAUGCCAAACUAUUGCGGCAAGCCUUGUGAGCCUAUGGACGCAAAAGAAGCUGGACCUUGUGAAAGCGAAUGCGAUGAGAAGGUCUACUGCAGCUGGACGCAGUGGUCUGAGUCAGAGUCCUGCAACAAAUGCGGUGUGGCAAGUUCCACGCGCAAUCGAGCUUUGGGUCUCAUGCCCUAUCCAUCUGGAUCACUCUUCCUUGUGGAAGACCAAUCGUCAUGUGCUGGCACCCAACUCAACGUCACCGAGUGCCCAGAGAUGGAGGAAUGUAAACCGUGCAUACCGCAGAACUGCACAUUCUCCGACUGGAGUGAUUGGCAAGACCCAACAUGCUUAGGCCUUUGCGAACGCCACCGGAUCAUUAGCCAGCACAACAACAAUUGUGGAAGUGGCUGCGAAGGCAGUUGCGGCGCGUGUUUGUGUGUUCAUGCUUUGGAGGAUUGUGAACUUGGUGAUUGGUCUGACUGGGAGGGGUGUGAUAGCAGUAUGGGUGGAACUUUGAGGCUUCAGAUGGACCGAAGUCGUCAGAUUGCGAAGAUGCCCAUGAAUGGCGGGUCGCCAUGCACCGGAGACUUGCAGCAAACUAUUGGAUGUCCCAAGGUGCCGCAAGACUGCGUCCUCGGACCGUGGGCAGAGUGGUCUACAUGUAGCACACGAUGCGUAACAGGAUGGCAUACUCGACAGCGUGCAGUUGAUCGGCAAGCGCGACAUGGUGGUGAGCCUUGUGUUGGAGCACUUUUCGAGAUGGACAUUUGCCUUGGAGCAAAUCCAGACUGCAGACAGUCUGGAAAAGAGGAUUGCAAAUGGUCGUCUUGGGAGCAGUGGUCCCACUGCGGUGAAAAUGGACAGAUGUCUCGUAAGCGCAGAAUCACUCAAUUGCCAUCAGUCUUUGGAGAGCCGUGUGCUGGCUCUCUACAUGAAACAGCAUGGUGUGAUAGCCAACGGGUUGACUGCGACGUUUCUCCAUGGUCACAAUGGGACGCUUGUGACAAGACUUGUGAUGGUGGACAAAGUCAUCGUCAUCGCGAGGUGCAUCGUUACCCUUCGGGCGGCGGCACUGCGUGUCCAAACGUGUUGAUGGAGACCCAGGGUUGCAACAGCCAGUCCUGCAGUGGACAUGAUUGCGUGCUCUCAGGUCUUCACAGUCUUCAGUCUGAACUUUGCGCACUGCGCACUGCGCACUGCCAUACGAUCAGUUGCGAUCUUAUCAUGGCUGUAAGCCUACAAUGCCUAUGA